ACUGCCUGCCCGCCGAUCCCCUGCCGGCCCAGUCCGACUCGUGGCUGCAGCUCGUGGACAAGCUGAACAUCAAGGCAUUUGUCAACCUGACCCUGUCCGACUCCAUCCGGCACGGCACGCAGCAGCUCCUCUUCAUCUCGGGCUUGGGAGGCAUGAGGCCCAACACCAUCGCUCUGGGUUUCUAUGACGACACACCCUCCCAGGACUUCCUGUCCCAGCACCCCGCCUUCAGCGGCAGCAAGGAUCCCGCGUGGCUCAACUUCCCUCCCCUGCGGGACUCCACCGGCCGCAAGCCCCUGUCCCCCCGCGAGUACGUGGCGAUCGUCGCGGACGCCGUGAAGAUGCAGCGCAACGUGCUGCUGGCGCGGGCCUUCGACGACCUGAAGCUGCCGCAGGAGCUGGGGUGGAAGGCGCAACCCCUCAUCGACGUCUGGCCCAUCAACCUGCUGCGCCCGGACAGUGCCCGCUACGUGGACACCUGCAGCCUCUUCCUGCUGCAGAUGGCCUGCGUCCUGGCCAUGACGCGGGCCUGGCGCCGGGCCCGCCUGCGCCUCUUCCUCUGCGUGGAGCGCGGCGCCCGCCCCCGUGGCCAGGAGGACAAGCUGCGGCAGCUCCUGAAGGACCUGCGCAUCUUGGCGGACAUCCACACUGUGCCGUGGGACAACGUGGUGGCCCUCCAUUGGCACAGCCAAAAGGAGGCGGCGAGCGACGACGCCCUCAACUUCCCCGGCAACGUCGCCUGCGUCUCCGACGACUACCUGAGCGCGGUCAAUCUGCUCAUCCUCCAGGAGAGCUCCGCCCCCACCGUCCGCUUCCUCUACCUGCCGCGCCCCCCUGCAGACACCAGCUUGUACCCGCGGUACUUAGAACAGUUGGAGGUCCUCACCCGUGGGCUGGGCCCUACCCUCUUGGUGCACGGGGUGAGCGCCGUCACCAGCACGGAGCUGUAGGUGUGACCUCAGCGUGAGCGAGGGGACUGGUGACUGACUCGUUCACCCGUUCUGACGUAAAGUUGGUAAGUAGCCGCUGGACGAGAAUGGUACGUCAAGGAGCAAAGCCAAGGUGAGCUGGAAACGGCCAGGCCAGGCUCCCUUCUUGGUUUUACUCAAGUUCGGUCUUUUCCCCAUGGACUGAGGCACUGGUGAGGCCUCGCGCACGGCAGCAAGUGUGACCGUCAAGGGUGUUCCUCACAAAGCGUCCUCACCUCGCUCUCUCCCUCGGAACCGGAAUUCUCUGCACGCUCCAGCAGAGUCGGGUUACGGAAUGGUUGGAGGGUCUCCAACCCAGCGCUGGGACUCUAAAUUCCUACCUGUCGACGAGGAGACUCCCGGGAGGGGACAGUGGCACCGGAAACGCCGCCGUGACCACCCUUUCUUUUUAUACUUCGAAACGGGAGUAAAGUCCGAGAGGGCACAUGUAGAA